AUGAUGAAGAACGUUGUUGGUCUCGUCGCCGGCGUGCUAGUGCUGGCGAGCGGUGCGGCCGCCGCGGAAAACUGUGCGAGCGUGGCCGUCACCGCGAUCCCUUCUUGCGCGCAAAGCUGUUUCCUCGAAGGCGCGUCUUUCGUCGGCUGCGAUAGCCUCGACUUUGGAUGCCAAUGUGGGAAGGAGGCGGCACUCUAUGCUGCCAUUGAGCCUUGUGUGGCAACAGGUUGUCCUGCUGCGUCGUUCCAGGCUGUUAUCAACGGUGCUUCCUCUGUCUGUGGUUGUGCCGGCGCAGGUGCUGCUGUCGGAACAGUCUCCGGAUCUAUGGUCUCGGGCAUCUCGUCGCCUUCUGGCAUCGGCUCGACGAUGGCGACAGCAACCGUCAGCCCUUCGGGCUCGGGCGGUGCAGGAGGUUCUUCUGCUUCGGCGACUCAAGGCGGUGGUGGAAACCCCUGGAACCCGCCUCCCACGGUCGGCCCAAUCUCAACCUCAUCUCCGGUCAAUGCGGCCGGCCGUCAGUCGGCAUCGCAAUUUGGCCUUCUCUCCGUCGCCGUUGGUGCGACAAUACUCGCGACACUCAUGUCUUAA